AUGUGCAUCCUCCGACCGAACACAACAGUAAAUGAGAUUAAAGCCAAACUAAAUAGCCUGAGAACGCAAUUCAACAAAGAAUUAGCAAGACUUAGAAAUGCACCCUCUGGAUCAGGGGCAGAAGCAGUUCGGAUCUCAUUGUGGUGCUUCGAGAAUCUUUUAUUUUUACAAGACCAAACUGUUGCGACACCCAGUGUUUCUAAUUUAAAAGUAAACAACGAAUGUACUGGAAAUGAGAUUAUACAGAUCAACAAUGAUCAAGAAUCAAUGUCUGUUCUUGAAGAGGAAAGUGAUCCUGAAAAUUUUAAUAGCAACAUUAAGACUCCAACAAGCUCCAAAAAAUCUACAAGUGAACAUAAUAUUGAUGCUAAUUCUUCAAGUAUAUAUGAUUCUUGCCAAAAGAGAAAAAAAGCUGAUGGACCAAUCAAAGGAAAAAAAAACAACAAAAAUAAAACACUUAAUAAAAAUAUUAACACUCUGGGCACUGUGAAUAAGCAGGUCAGUAAUUGUAAAAUUCUCUCCAAAUGA